GGCCGCGGGAGCUGCUCCGCUGACGGGGACGCUACCGGGGACGAGGGGCCGGGCCGGGACGGGACGAGGAUGCGGGGGCUGGUGGCGCUGCUGGCGGCGCUGAGCUGCGCGGCCCCGGCGGGGCGGGCGGCGGCGCCCGGCGGCGGCCUCAGCUCCAACGCCAUCAAGGGACCCCCCCCGGGGGGAGCGGCCGAGGCCAGCGCCGCCCCCGCCGCCCCCUUCGACGGCAGCAACAAGCCGCCGCCGGCCGCCACCCGGCAGCCUUUCCCCUGCGCCGAGGACGAGGAUUGCGGCCCCGAGGAGUUUUGCGGGGGGGCGGCCCGCGGCGGGGGUGCCCCGCUCUGCCUCGCCUGCCGGAGACGCCGCAAGCGCUGCCUGCGCGACGCCAUGUGCUGCCCUGGCACGACCUGCAGCAACGGGCUCUGCACCCCCCCGGAGCCUCCCCACGGAGCCACCGAGCUGGAUGAGAUGGGCACUGAGGCUCUGCCCCGACGGACACCUGCUCCCGCCUGGCUCCCCACUGCCAAAGGUGAGGAAGGGGACUUCUGCCUGCGCUCUUCGGACUGCUCAGCCGGGCUGUGCUGCGCCCGUCACUUCUGGUCCAAAAUCUGCAAGCCGGUGCUGCGGGAAGGGCAGGUGUGUACCCGGCACCGGCGGAAAGGCACCCACGGCCUGGAGAUCUUCCAGCGGUGCCAGUGCGCCGAGGGGCUGGCGUGUCGCCUCCAGCGAGAGCAUGGCCCUGCCGAUGCCUCCCGCCUGCACACCUGCCAGCGGCACUGAGCAUCGCCGGACAGAUGGAUGGACGGGACGGACUCCGGCCCUGCCGGAGCGGAAGGUUGUUUCUCAAGGGAACUACUUUUUAAGCGACUAAUUGCAGUACGUUACUGUGUUGUGAAUACUCGAGCUGGCACUUAGCUGUACAUAACGCCGGGACUUUUAAUUACUUUUUUUGUUUUUCCGAGGGUGCUGCCUUGUGCUCUUCAAGCCGUGACUGUGACUUUGUACACACUGGGUUUUUAAAUCGGGGUCAAAGGGAUACGACCAUCUUGUUUGUGAGCGAAUAAACUGUUCUUUAAAACCGGCCCCAGCUGCCCACGCGUCCCUGACCACGGAUCCCUGCCCGAGCGUGGCUGUCAUGGUCCCUCCCUUCCCCUCAGGAGGGAAUAUGUGCCCCGGGGCGCGGGGGGGUGGUGCUCAUCGCCAACACACCAUGGGAAAGGCUGUUUGGUUAUCACUUCCUUCAGCUGCUUUUUAGGAAUUACCAUCUGCCACGGUAGCCACCGAUACCCUCUGGCCACCAGAUGCGGGGCUGAGGAUGGGCACCGGGGCUCUGGGAAGGGCGGGCAGCAGCCAAACACCCUCCUGCCUGAUUUUUUCCAUGGGGUGAGGAGGGAGCAAAGGGUUGCCGGAGGGGCUGCGCUGGACUGCAGCGCGUGGCCAACCGUGGGACGGGUGC